AUGACUCGUAAACUCAUCGUCGUCUUCGGUGCUACAGGAAAUCAGGGCGGCUCUGUCGUCUCUUCACUUCUCCAGAACAAAGCUUAUGUCGUUCGAGCUGUGACUCGAGACCCAGCUAGUGACAAGUCGAAAGCGCUAGCUGCAAAGGGCGUUGAAGUCGUCGCUGGAGAUCUCAAUGACCCAAAGAGCCUCAUCAAGGCGUUCGAGGGCGCGCAUGCGGCCUAUGGCGUUACAGAUUUUUUCGCUGAGCUAUCUACCCUCGGAGCCAAUGGAGCUAUGGAUCUUGAGAUCCAGCAGGGCAAAAACCUCGCCAAUGCCGCCGCCGCGACCCCCACACUCGAGCACUACGUCUGGAGCUCCCUUCCGUACAUCAAAAACACCACCAAAGGCACCGCUAGCUGCCCGCACUUUGACGGUAAAGCCCAAGUUGACGAAUACAUCAUGUCCCACCUUCCUGAUCUCGCCAAGAAAACUACCUUCUUCUGGCCGGGGUACUAUGCGACGAACCUCGCGUCCACAACUUCUCUGGUAAGGCAAGAGUUGGGGAAGUACGCGUGGGUUCUUCCUUGCUCACCGAAUGCGUCGGCGCCUAUGGCAGGACUGACGACUAUAAAUGUGGGCGUCUUCGUUAGCGCUAUUCUGGCUAAGCCGGAGAUCACUCUGCCUUCGAAGUAUGUACUGGGGUCUGUCGAAACCUUGACGAUGAAGAGGACCCUGGAGUUGUUGGAGGAGGCGACGGGCGUGGAGAUGGUGUUCGUGCAGAAGGAUACGGAGGACUUUGUGGCGUGGUUCCCUGCUGGACCGGUCUUUGGCAAGGAGCUAGCGUUGAAUAUGAAUUUCUUUGAGCUUGGUCCGGGUGUAUGGUCAAAAAGUGGUGUAAAGGUUUUAACGAAGGAAGAUCUUGGGAUCAAGGACUCGCAGCUGGUCAGUACCAAACAGGCUUUUGAGAUGAUCGAUUGGAGCCCCGUUAUAAAGGCGUAG